UACAUUUCAGAAACUGUUUCUUUUCCCAUGACUGAAAAUAUUAAAUUUUAAUUGCUAGUUUGAGUGAGAUGAGUGGGGGGAGCACAGACUGGGUGGAAAAAAUGAUAGUGAAGCAUUGAGCUGAUGUAAAACAACAGGGGGCACCAGAGACUCGACCGCUCCCAAAAGUAGGUGAUAAAUGAAGCACUUUUGGGGAACAAGAGUUCAUUGCUGUGUUUCAGCGCUCCUGAGCUGUCGACAUCAGGCUCCCAGGCAGCUGUGCCCUGCACAGAGCAGCACCCUGCGCCAGCACCGGCCAUCUCCACAGAUCUCCUCCUCUGCCAGGACACCCGCAUCCACACCGCAACCUGUCUGAGGACUAACUCCCACCUGACAGCCUCACAAGAAGCAGAGACGGCCCAGCAUGAAUAACUGCACGGAAGAGGAUGACAAGGUGCAGAAUGGAGUCGCGUUAUUUCAAUUGAUUGUCUACAUCCCAGUGCUCUCUUUGGGGAUCCCUCUGAAUACAAUUGCCUUCUGGGUCUUCUGCUGCAAACUCAAGAGAUGGACUGAGACCAGGGUGUACAUGAUCAACCUCAUGGUUGCAGACAGUUUCCUGCUCUUUUCCUUGCCUUUCCGGUUAUAUUUUACCAAGUAUGACCAUCCCAUCGACAAGCUAUGUUCCACCAUAUUGAACAUCUAUUUUACAAACAUGCCCAUGAGCAUACUUAUCAUCACCCUGAUAGCAAUUGAUCGAUACAUUGCAAUCAAGUUCCCUCUAAAAGCAAAGAUUCUUCGAUCCCCACUGAAAUCGGCUUCCAUCUGUGGGUUUCUUUGGAUAACACUGAUAAUUUAUUCCUUCUUGCGUUCAGCCUUUCAAAAACAAACAGAACAAUUCUGUUUUCGGAAACAAUCUAUUCAACCUAAUUAUUCAGUGUUAUUCUCCGUUAUUUUGGGGUAUUUGAUUCCCUUAGGAAUUGUGAUUUUUUGCUCAGUACAAGUCAUCAAAUGUCUCAAAAAGAAGAUAAUCACAAGCCCUCAUGAAAAGAAGAUGAUCCAGAAAGCAAUCCAAAUUAUUUCUGUGAAUUUGUGUGUGUUCGUCGUAUGUUUUUCACCUAUCUACAUCACACUGCUCUUGCGAUUUGCAGUGGAUGUUUCUAGAGCUUGUUCUCUGCUCUUGGAAGUUACAACCUCUAUUCAGAUAUGUUCAUGCAUAGCAAAUACUAACUGCUGUUUGGAUGCAUUUUGCUAUUACUUUGCAGCCAAGGAAUUUCCAGAAUUUCCCUCUCUGUUCCCCACUUGUAUAUUGAAGAGGUGCAGGAUGAACCAAAGCCAAGAGUCACAGCCACCCACAGAUCAAGUCAUGAUAUAAACAGAUACAGUGCACUAUAGGGGUAAAAAGCCACAGGGCCGCUGAAGUUUUGAGGCAGAUGGAAUGGGACCAUCUACAGUAUUAGCAAUCACUGUGAGUAUAGGCAUACCUACAAAAAUGGGCAACCCCCUCUAAGAGGUCUGAUAUUAACUUCAAUUUUGUCCUUCUGUCCUCAGUGACUUGACUCCAGCUCUGACUAUUGUCUUGUAUUGUUUUAUCAUCGCUUCCUGAUUAAGAGGGAGAUCCACAUGGUGUGGAAAAUAGAUGAUAAGGCCAUUGUUUCCACCACAUGUUUAUUUGUAUGUAUUUUGCACCUAAACAUAGGAAAUUGAGCACCUUUACAGCAAUAUACAAAUCCACUUCUACUACUGUAAUAUAUGUAGUCACUUAAAACCAAGAAAGGGCCUCUGUACUGCAAUGCCAAACCUAAUACAUCUGUGCUGCUCACAUCAAAGAAUUUGCUGGUACAAUUUUGAAGCUUGCAGCUAUUGCCAGGAUGCAGCUACUGUUAUGCAAACUGCAGGAGUCAGACUGUGCCACAAUGCUAUUGUCUCAUUCCUGCCAUGUAACACUCGUAUUAGCUUGUGGCAUCAGCCUGGCAUUUUUAAGACUAAAAUAAUUGUAGGUAUAUAUAAAGCCAUUGCUACAUGGAGAAACUGUGGACUACCUUAGUGUUGGGUAUUAUCACAUAUAAAACUGUGAAGAGCUGAUCGCACUCGAACAACUACCAUAAACUCUGGUGACAGGUUUGUUGUUGUACUUCAUUAGGACCAAAUCACCACCUGUCUGGUGAGAGGUGAUGACAUCUGCCCAAGUCAUCACAGCUUCAUACUGUAGGAAUGCUGAUGCUCAGAAAACAGCAGUGAGCAACAUGAAGCAGAUGCGGUCCCGAUCUCUGCCUCACCACCCACAGACAGUUUUCAGGGGAAGUUUGGUGCAGAUGAGGUUUGCAAGGCCCUUCUGCAGAGAUGGGGCAAAUCCACAGCUGAGGGCCUCUUGGCAUCGCCUGGUGUGAUGAAGCACCGCUUUGGAUGUGGGUUUUUUUCUCCCUCAGAUGCUUCUUUAAAAGACACGUGUCCCUGCCCAGAGAGGGGGAAGGACAGUGCACAGUGGGGAUUCAGCAGCUUUCCUGCACCCCAUUUGGAGACAUUUAACUCUUUCCAUGCAUUAUACAGAGCUCCUUGAUUUAUCCUAGCUGGAUCCCAAACCAGGCAUCAGUAUUAAAGUCUGGCUUUCCAGGGACCAAAUUCCUCUAUAAUAUCUGUGCUUGCUGACUAUGCAUGAUGUACCUUCUCACCCCACAGGGAAGUGACAACUGAGCAGUUCAAAACAGGCCACAAAGGGAGGUCUCCAGACACCAGAAGGACACUACAUAUAGAGAAACCUGGGCUGAGAGAGGAGCCAGUGCCAGGGUGUGACUACUUCAUGUUUAUCUGCAUAGAAAUUCCAUCUAACAGUUUGUCUCAAUCACUUCAAUAAAUUAAAGUCAGUGUGGGAAACACUGUGAAGCUUUUGAAGUGAGUGUGGUAGCUGUAUCUCAGUUAGCUACAUGAUCCCUGACUUGUGGUGUUUUCUGACUUGUAAACUCCUAAAAAAUUCCUCCAGGGAAUGAAAACCCAUAUUCUACUCAUUUAAACCUGCAGAUAAUUAACCUUAUUAGUGACAACUUACAAAUAGUUCCCCUACAAGUAGCCUAUCACUUUCCAGUGUGUGCAGACCACAUGCUGAAACCACUAUCUAGACAGUGAUCGAACAAUGUAGGAAAUUAUUCCCAUCACAGAAAGUAUUGCCCAUCCAAACACAGAAUCUACCUGCUUUGUGUCAAUACUUUGGCAGAGGUGCCAGCAUGACAGAAGCCGUGGGGAGCAACUGUAGCAAGAACCGGUUGAAACUACUCAGGUUAUUAAUUUGAUCAUUCAUAACCUGAAUUUCUUUUUUGGUGUAUUAUUUGAUGCUCUGGCAUUACUGGUAUUUCACUGCAAACAGAACAAAUGGGCAAUGUAUAUGCAACCAACUUAAUAAUUGCACAUUGUUGUUUGGCCCUUGUUCUGCUUUUUAAAGUCUAUUUUCAAAGGCAGGAAAAGAUAAAGACAAAUAGUGCCUAAUCUUAAAAACCAUCUACUGCUUAAGGAAAUGCACGAGAAUUGCCACCCUUGUGGUUGUCCAAAUUAACCGUCCUCAGAGAGCAAGAGGCUGUUAGUGGGCCUGUUAGCCCACUCUCCUUUAUGGUAUGCCGUCAGUCUUCAUGACAGGCAUCACUCACAUGUCCAGGCAAGUGGUGUUAGCAAGGAAAAAGACUUACAUUUUCAGAAACAGUGCAGAGGGCCUUCAAAAACACUUUUGGCUCUGGGAUCCCCUUCUGGGAUUUUGCAUCUCAUUGGUUUAUAAUGAAUGCCUGCUCCAAACAGACUACUGUGAAAAUUUUCAUUAUUUUGAAAAAAUAUGAAGGUUGAUUCAUGUCAGCCUGUUAUCCCACCAUUAAUCCAGAAAGCAGACAGACAACUUACUUUUUUGCAAACCCAGUCAUGUUCAUGUUUUCUCCCCGUUAACAUGGGGUACCUAGUCCAAUUAAAACGGGCUCCAAUGAGGUUGUCUACUCUGAAAUACAAACCAGUAACUUUUGUGCAUGUGACCUCACAGAACAGCAAACAGUAACUGAUGUUGAGAUUCUAUUUGCUACUGUUCUAUAACCAAACCAUUUUAGAGCACUGUCCUCUUACCCAAGCCUACAGUUUUUAAACCAAGGAAGGAUCACAGACAAGGCACUCUGUCAAGCUAAACAGCUGCCAUGGUUUCACCCCAGUUGGCAGGUAAGCAUAACAUAUCUGCUCACUCAAUCCCUGCAGUGCCAAAACCAGUACAACAGCUGCACUAAAAAAACAUAUAGUUGGCAAUCCUAUAUAUAGACAAGCUUACUGCAUAUAGAGCUGUAUGAAGUGAAUGUGUUUUUCUUGUAGGAAGCAGAAGGAGGUGUCUUACUGUUUACAUUCUAAAUUUAAAUAAUUAAGUGUUCCUUUUUUUGAUUGUAAAGUGGAAAUUUGUUGACUUCAGAAUCCGUGUCAUUAUUAAGUAAUAUUUUUUGUUGUGUGGAUGUAAUGCUACGAAGACAAAAAAGGCAACAUUCUUUUGCAAGUGAAAAUAAAGCUAUCUCAUAGUAAUAUA